AUGAUAGCAUCACAUAUCACCAAAUGCACACUCUUCGCAGCCAUAAUAACCCUUGUGGGUGGGCAGGCUGUGUUGUUUCCCAGCCAGAGUGAGUUCGCAGCCUCAGAAACACCUGGACUGCCCUCGUUCUCAGUUCGAGCCAACAACGUAACGGCCGCCGUAUGCAACAGCUCCACGCCGGGCGUGUCUGGCUUUAUCGAUACUCCGGAAGAUGACUCCCAUGUCUUCUUUUGGCUUUUCGAGAGUAAAAACGAUUUCUCCAAGGAUCCCAUCAUCUUCUUUAUGAGCGGAGGCCCUGGGGCUUCGUCAACUGGAUUCGGAAACUUGAUGGAGUUAGGUCCCUGCCGUGUGACGACUGAUGGAAGCGAGACUGUUGAUAACCCCUACGGUUGGAACACUAACGCGACCGUGCUAUUUGUUGACCAGCCAAUCCCUGUCGGCUUCUCGUAUGGUAAAACAAUGCCCAAAGGGCUUGCUGAAGCGAGCAAUGCUAUGGAUCGCUUCCUGCGACAGUUCUUUUUGGCCUUUCCUGCCCUGGUUGACCAAGACUUCUAUAUCGCGGGUGAGUCCUACGGUGGCUCCUGGGUUCCGGCUCUCGCUGCAAACAUCGUCGAGAGACAGACCCGAUCCGAUUCCCAAGAGGGAGCUGCCGUCCGCUAUCCGGGCAUGCAGAGGACUUUGGCUACGGCUCGACCGAGGGAUAUCAACAUCAAAGGCAUCAUGAUUGGAAACGGCCUGGUCAAAUUGCCUAUUCAGAACCCUGCUACUCUGGAAGCCGCAUGCAGUGGCCCGGAUUCCAUCCUCAACUCAUCGCAAUGCUUGGAAUGGGCGCCGCGAUCUCUGUGGUGUGAGCAGAAUCUUGUCGUCUGCGAUUCGCGAGGCUGGCUAUCUGAUGAUUGCAAGCACGCCCAGAGUCUGUGUAACGAGAUGAGUGAUUUAGUCACCGGCGAGAUGGGCCGCAACCCUUUUGAUUGGAGACGUGACUGUCACGGAGAUGCUUUGAGCUGCUAUCCGGAACUCGCAGCAGUAGUGAAAUACCUCGAUCGAGGGGAUGUUAAAAAAGGACUUGGCGUACCUGCUGAUAAAAACUUCACGGGCGUGUCCCAAGAUUUAUAUGACCAGUGGGAGGCGAUUGGGGAUCUCUGGAAGCCGAGCGACCAUUACGUCAACUACCUUCUUGACAAGAACUACCGUGUUCUCAUCUAUGUUGGCGACAAGGACUGGUACUGCCACGCCGCCGGCAUGCGGCAGCUUGUCAACCACGGUCUGGUGUGGAACGGGCAGCCCCUCUUCAGAUUUCGUGAGCUGACGCCUUGGUACUCUGGCGUGAAAGUGGCCGGUCGGGGAAAAGCGUUCCAGGCGCUAACGUAUGCCGAGGUUUAUGGUGCUGGGCACCUCGUGCCUUAUGACAGGCCUGCAGCUUCAUUAGCCCUUAUUAACGCGUGGGUGUCACAGACUUUACCAUGGUAG